AUGGUCCUUCGUCCUCUAGGUCCCUCGUCCCUCUCAUGGUCCUUCGUCCCUCCAGGUCCCUUGUCCCUCUCUCCAGGUCUCUCGUCCUCUCCAGGUCUCUGUUCCUCUCAUGGUCCUUCGUCCCUCUCCCGGCCUCGUCCCUCUCCAGGUCCCUUGUCCCUCUCAUGGUCCUUCGUCCCUCUCCAGGUCCCCUCGUCCCUCUCAUGUCCUUCGUCCCUCACAGGUCCCUUGUCCCCUCUCAGGUCUCUCGUCCUCUCCCAAGGUCUCUGUUCCUCUCCUGGUCCUUCGUUCCUCUCCAUGGUCCUUCGUCCCUCCAGGCCCUCGUCCCUCUCCCAGGUCCUCGUCCUCUCCAGGCCCCUCGUCCCUCCAGGUCUCGUCUCUCUGGUCCUUCGUCCCUCUCCAGGCCCUCGUCCCCUCAGGUCCUGUCCCUCUCAUGGUCCUUCGUCCUCUCCAGGCCCCUCGUCCUCUCCAGGUCCCUUGUCCCUCUCAUGGUCCUUCGUCCCUCUCCAGGUCCCUCGUCCUCUCAUGGUCCUUCGUCUCUCACCAGGUCCUCGUCCUCUCCAGGUCCUCGUCCCUCUCCAGGUCCCUCGUCGCUCUCAUGGUCUCGUCCCUCUCCGGUCCUCGUCCCUCACCAGGUCCCUCGUCCUCUCCAGGUCCCUCGUCCCUCUCAUGGUCCUUCGUCCCUCUCCAUGGUCCUUCGUCCUCUCCAGGCCCUCGUCCUCUCCAGGUCCUCGUCCCUCUCCAUGGUCCUUCGUCCCUCUCCAGGCCCCUCGUCCCUCUCCCAGGUCCUUGUCCCUCCAUGGUCCUUCGUCCUCUCCAGGUCCCUCGUUCCUCUAUGGUCUUCGUCCUCACCAGGUCCUUGUCCCUCUCCAGGUCUCUCGUCCCUCUCCAGGUCUCUAUUCCUCUCACGGUCCUUCGUCCCUCUCAUGGUCCUUCGUCCUCUCCAGGCCCCUCGUCCCUCUCCAGGUCCCUUGUCCCUCUCAUGGUCCUUCGUCCCUCUCCAGGUCCCUCGUCCCUCUCAUGGUCCUUCGUCCCUCUCCAGGCCCCUCGUCCCUCUCCAGGUCCUUGUCCCUCUCAUGGUCCUUCGUCCCUCCAGGUCCCUCGUCCUCUCCAGGUCCUCGUCGCUCUCAUGGUCCUUCGUCCCUCUCAGGUCCCUCGUCCCUCACAGGUCCCUCGUCCUCUCCAUGUCCCUCGUCCCUCUCCAGGUCUCUCGUCCCUCUCAUGGUCCUUCGUCCUCUCCCAGGUCCCUCGUCCUCACCAGGUCCCUCGUCCUCUCCAGGUCCCUCGUCCCUCUCAGGUCCCUCGUCCCUCUCCAGUCCCUCGUCCCUCACCAGGUCCCUUGUCCCUCUCCAGGUCCUCGUCCCUCUCUCCAGGUCCCUCGUCCCUCACCAGGUCCUUGUCCUCUCCAGGUCCCUCGUCCUCUCCAGGUCUCUCGUCCCUCACCAGGUCCUUGUCCUCUCCAGGUCCUCGUCCUCACCAGGUCCCUUGUCCCUCUCCAGGUCCCUCGUCCCUCUCCAGGUCCCUCGUCCUCUCCAGGUCCUCGUCCCUCUCCAGGUCUCGUCCCCUCUCCAUGUCCCUCGUCCCUCUCCAGGUCUCUCGUCCCUCUCCAUGUCCCUCGUCCCUCUCAGGUCUCUCGUCCCUCAUGGUCUCUCUCUUCCCCUCUCCAGGUCUCUCGUCCCUCUCCAUGUCGUCCCCUCUCCGGUCUCGUCCCUCUCCAUGUCCCUCGUCCUCACAGGGUCCCUUGUCCCUCUCCAGGUCCCUCGUCCCUCUCAGGUCCUCGUCCCUCUCCAGGUCCUCGUCCCCUCCCAGGUCUCUCGUCCCUCUCCAUGUCCCUCGUCCCUCUCCAGAGUCUCUCGUCCCCUCUCAUGUCCCUCGUCCUCUCCAGGUCUCUCGUCCCCUCCCCGGGUCUCUCUUCCCUCUCCAGGUCCCUCGUCCCCUCUCCAGGUCUCUCGUCCCCUCUCCGGGUCUCUCGUCCCUCUCCAGGUCUCUCGUCCUCCAGGUCCUUCGUCCUCUCCGGUCCUUCGUCCCUCUCCAGGUCCCUCGUCCCUCUCGGUCCCUCGUCCCCUCACCAGGUCCCUCGUCCUCUCAUGGUCCUUCGUCCCCUCUCCAGGUCCUCGUCCCUCUCCAGAUUACUCGUCCCUCUCCAGGUCUCUCGUCCCUCGCCGGGUCUCUCGUCCCUCACCAGGUCCCUCGUCGCUCUCAUGGUCCUUCGUCCCUCUCCAGGUCUCGUCCCUCUCAGGUCCCUCGUCCCUCUCCAGUCUCUCGUCCCUCACCAGGUCCCUCAUCCCUCUCAUGGUCCCUCGUCCCUCUCCCAUGUCCUCGUCCCUCUCCAGGUCUCUCGUCCCCUCGCCAGGUCUCUUCCCUCUCCAGGUCCUCGUCCUCUCCAGGUCUCUCGUCCCUCCCAGGUCUCUCGUCACUCACCAGGUCCCUCGUCCCUCACAGGUCCCUCGUCCCUCACCAGUUCCUCGUCCCCUCUCUAGGUCCUCGUCCCUCUCCAGGUCUCUCGUCCCUCUCCAGGUUUUCGUCCCUCUCAGGUCUCUCGUCCCUCUCCAGGUCUCUCGUCCCUCUCCAGGUCUCUCGUCCCUCUCCUGUCCCUCGUUCCUCCAGGUCCCUCGUCCCUCUCCCAGGUCCCUCGUCCCUCUCCAGGUCUCGUCCUCUCCAGGUCUCUCGUCCCUCUCCAGGUCCCUCGUCCCUCUCAGGUCCCUCGUCCCUCUCAGGUCUCUCGUCCCCUCCAUAUCUCUCACCCUCUCCAGGUCCCUCGUCCUCUCCAGGUCUCUCGUCCCUCUCCAGGUCUCGUCCCUCUCCAGGUCCUCGUCCCUCUCCAGGUCCUCGUCCUCUCCAGGUCCCUCGUCCCUCUCCAGGUCCUCGUCCCUCACCAGGUCUCGUCCCCUCGGCUCUCGUCCCUCUCCAGGUCUCUCGUCCCUCUCCAGGUCUCUCUCGUCCUCUCCAGGUCUCUCGUCCCUCUCCAGGUCCUCGUUCUCUCCAGGUCCUCUCGUCCUCUCCAGGUCCCUCGUCCCUCUCCAGGUCCCCUCGUCCCUCUCCAG